CCUACUGGACCACCGUUGUGCGUCCGAAUCUUGCGGGUGGGCUCGUGACCGGAUGGCCUGCAUGAGUUAUAUUGGCAGAUGGGCUCCCUAAAGCGAAGCUGGAGCGAACGUGGCCCCAAUCGCAUCCAGAAAUGCUGGUUCCCUCUUCGCGUUUGCUGGGACACGGACCGCCUGGGCAUGCAUUUUGAGGAGCAGGAUGGCGUCAUGGUGGUCAGGAGGACUCUCAAAGGUGGCUGGGCUGACCAAAUGAAGCUUCGCAUUGGGGACGAGCUGGUUAGCAUCAACGGGCAGGCAGUGUCCACGCGGGACUGCCGGGAGACAUUGCAGCGGCGGCGGCCAUUGCGCCUCACCUUCGCGCGGCUGUGCAGGGCCUCUGCCACGCCGAAGCUGCGGAAGGUGAACCGGAUUGCCGGCCGCUUGGAUGAGGCUAUGGUCUAUUCCGAGCAGCAGCUGAGGGCGAGGCCAGCUACGCAGGAGUCCCCGAGCAAGGCACCGCGAACUCAGGAGGCCGCUGACCCGCAGGCUGAUCCAAGUGCAGAGCCAGCUUCAGGCCCUGCUGUUGCCCCACCGAACGAAGUAGAGGAGGAUGUACAAAGAAUCGCUGCCACGGCAUUGUUACAAAUGCUGGAGGAGGAACCGCCCAAAGACCUGGUGGUGCCUGCAGAUAGCGAGCCUGGGGAGCUGUUCAGCGACUACGAGGCCCCUUUUGAGUCCCUGGACGAACAGACCAUCCCGGAGGAAGUUGCCUCGCCUCGCGAGACCCAGGAGCCACAGGAAGUCCCGGGAGGCUAUCCUGCAGGGGAGGUGCCUGCCGUGGGCCUGGACUGCAAAGUCAAGCCCGUGCAGGAGGAAGAUGAGUUUGAGGAGGAUUUUGAGGAUGACUUCGAGGAAGACGAGGAGCCAAAUCCUGAUAUUCAUGAUGGAGAGAGGUCAGUGAGGUCCUCAAAGACAGGGACGAGCCAUAUACAGCUGGAGGACUUGCCUACCUCGUCAUCGUCGGAGGAGGAGGCUGAGGCGUCGCAACCAAGCCAGACCUGCCGGCCAGGCGUCCCUGUGGUCCGAACACACUCACAUGAGGAGCUUGAGCGGCGAGUGAGCUUUGCUGAAGGGGUCGAAGAUGGACAUGAAGCCAAAGGGCCUGAAACUCGCAAAGGUACCGGCUUCGUGGCAGCUUACAUCCCAGACUUUGAGGAUGAGUUUGAGGAAGAGCCUGAGGAGGCCACGGAGUCCAAGCGAAAGGAGCUCGGAAGCGAAGAGGCGGACAAACUGUCGAAGGCCCAGAGGAAAGGUACGGGCUUUGUCCCAGUGGCUAACUUGCCCGACUCAGAUGAGGAGGAGGAAGAGGAGAGGGAGGCAGAAAGGCAGCGCAAGGUGAGUUUCUCUGGUGAGCUCGGAAGCGAAGAGGCGGACAAACUGUCGAAGGCCCAGAGGAAAGGUACGGGCUUUGUCCCAGUGGCAAACUUGCCCGACUCAGAUGAGGAGGAGGAGGAAGAGGAGAGGGAGGAAGGGCAGCCCAGAAUGUCGAUCGAAGCUGCAGAGAGGGAGCGCAAGGUGAGUUUCUCCGGGGAGCUCAGAAGCGAAGAGGCGGACAAACUGUCGAAGGCCCAGAGGAAAGGUACGGGCUUUGUCCCAGUGGCAAACUUGCCGGACUCAGAUGAGGAGGAUGAGGAGAUGCGCCAGGUCACUUUCUCCGCAGAUGCGCAGGAUGCGCAGCCGGGCAACGGCCACCAGGGGCCCCGCCAAGGCACUGGCUUUGUGCCCAUGGCAAAUCUGCCGGACUCAGACGAGGAUGAGGAGGCCGAAGAGGCAGAGAGGCAGCGGAAGGUGAGUUUCUCUGCCGAGGUGGGCACCCCAGAAGCAGAUACCUUGUCGAAGAGCCAACGGAAAGGCACUGGCUUUGUGCCUAUGGCAAAUCUGCCGGACUCAGACGAGGAUGAGGAGGCCGAAGAGGCAGAGAGGCAGCGGAAGGUGAGUUUCUCUGCCGAGGUGGGCACCCCAGAAGCAGAUACCUUGUCGAAGAGCCAACGGAAAGGCACUGGCUUUGUGCCUAUGGCAAAUCUGCCGGACUCCGACGAGGAUGAGGAUGCCGAACAGGCAGAGAGGCAGCGGAAGGUGAGUUUCUCUGCCGAGGUGGGCACCCCAGAAGCAGAUACCUUGUCGAAGAGCCAACGGAAAGGCACUGGCUUUGUGGCUAUGGCAAAUCUGCCGGACUCAGACGAGGAUGAGGAGGCCGAAGAGGCAGAGAGGCAGCGGAAGGUGAGUUUCUCUGCCGAGGUGGGCACCCCAGAAGCAGAUACCUUGUCGAAGAGCCAACGGAAAGGCACUGGCUUUGUGCCUAUGGCAAAUCUGCCGGACUCCGACGAGGAUGAGGAUGCCGAAGAGGCAGAGAGGCAGCGGAAGGUGAGUUUCUCUGCCGAGGUGGGCACCCCAGAAGCAGAUACCUUGUCGAAGAGCCAACGGAAAGGCACUGGCUUUGUGCCUAUGGCAAAUCUGCCGGACUCCGACGAGGAUGAGGAUGCCGAAGAGGCAGAGAGGCAGCGGAAGGUGAGUUUCUCUGCCGAGGUGGGCACCCCAGAAGCAGAUACCUUGUCGAAGAGCCAACGGAAAGGCACUGGCUUUGUGCCUAUGGCAAAUCUGCCGGACUCAGACGAGGAUGAGGAUGCCGAAGAGGCAGAGACGCAGCGGAAAGUGAGUUUUUCAUCGGAAGUUCGCCAAGCAGCAGAUGGGAAGGUCCAGGCUCCUCGACAAGGCACAGGAUUUGUUGCCAUGCAGCAACUACUGGACUCAGAGGAUGAGGACAAGGAAGACACCAAUGCGCAGGUUCAAGAUGAGGGAGAAGACGAGUAUGAAGACGACUAUGAAGAUGAUAACGAUGAUGAAUAUGAGCCAGACUACGAGGAUGAGGACAGCCCUGACAGCCCGACAAGUGAGCAGAGUUGAGGUGCACUCAACCCAUGGCAUUCAGUCUGCACGGGAUGACACCAGCUUGAAACA